AUGGCCUUUGCAUUUGGUUUCACUAACGAAGAACUAAGUGACGAUGAUGCUGAAUCAUCUUCAACAAGAUUUAACUCAAGCACUCCGGCAUCAAAAUCGAUAAACUAUAAACUUGAUACAUAUAAAGUUGAAGAAGAGCAUCUACCUAAGGUGCAUACCUUAGAAAGUAUUUUAAAAUCGUUAGAAGGCGUCAGGAUAACAUUCGACUAUCACAAAACUACCAAUGACAAUAUAAUAUAUAGAAGAGACCUAUUUGAUGUCAAGCAUCAAAUCAUGAUGGAGGAUUGUGAUGAUAAAUUGGAUUCCAAAGUAGUUAUCAAAGAUGAAAUUAAAAACAUAGUAAUUGAGAAAAAUGAUUCGGAUGUACAAAGAAAUAUCUACGAAGGUGGGUUUAAAAGUUGGGAAUGUUCUUAUGACACAAUUGAUGAAAUUGGUAAACUUAUGAACCAAUAUUCGGGUUCAACUGGUUUUUCUUUGAAUAUUUUGAAUAGUUCGACUUUGGAUUUAGGAUGUGGGACAUCAUUACCUUCGUGUUAUAUAUUAAUGAAAAAAUUUGAAACUAAAUGUGAAAAAUCAAUGAAGCUAAUACUAUCUGAUUUCAAUUACGAUGUUUUAAGAUUAGUCACUGUUCCAAAUCUAAUUAUAAAUUGGGCAUCCACUUUACCGUCUGAAGAUUUGCAAAGAUUGACAACAGAUGAAAUAAACUCUAGAUUUGAGGCAAAUGAAUUAUUUAUCACCACUAAUUUAAUAAAUGAGUUUUUAAAACAAUUGAAAGACUCAAACACCGAAAUCAAACUAAUUUCAGGCUCAUGGGGUAAAGAAUUUAAUGACUUGGUUUCAAAAUACCACAUAAAUUUUAUCAUAAGUUCUGAGACAAUAUAUUCGACAGUUACCUUACCAAUAGUUGCAGAAUCAAUUAAAAUUAUACUAAGUGACUCAGCUACAUUCUUUAAAAAUAAUGGGAAAACCUUUAUGUGUUUAUUAGCUGCUAAAAAUAUUUAUUUUGGAGUUGGUGGUUCCAUUGUUGAAUUUUUAAGCCAUUUCAAAUCAAUCAGUGAUUCAAAGUUUAAAGUAGAAGUCAAAGAAAUUCAUGAUUCUCAAUUGAAAAGGUCUUUAGUUUUAAUAGAAUACUGUCCUUAA